AUGGGUCUCCUGAGAGGCGGGUCCCCAUGCGCGCGGACCAUGGCGCGCCUGGGCGCCGUGCGCUCUCACUACUGCGCGCUGCUGCUGGCUGCGGCGCUGGCCGUCUGUGCCUUCUACUACCUCGGCUCCGGCCGGGAGACCUUCUCGACGCUGGGUGCAGCACGCGGCAUGGCCGCUGGAGGGCGCCGCCGCACCGCGUUUGCCGGCCGCCGUGCGCCCCCGCCUCCUCCCACCGCCCCGCCGACGCUGAGCGCGUCCAUGUUCUCCGGAGGCGGGGACGACCGAAAGGAAAGGGAGUCCGAGAGGCGGUCGUUUCCCACCCGCGCUGACGAGGCCUCUGAGAAGGUGGACGGAAACCGAGCCAGAAGGAGAGCUCAAGGCUUCUGGGAGCCUGGGUGCCAAGUUGGGCACCUGGGCCGCCGCAGCCCGCCCGCCGGGGAGUUGCCCCACGAAGCAGUCAUCUUCCAUGACGUCGCUGUGCUGACGGACAAGCUCUUCCCCGUUGUGGCGGCCAUGCAGAAACACUUCAGUGCUGGCUCAGGGACCUACUACAGCGACUCCAUCUUCUUCCUCUCCGUUGCCAUGCACCAGAUCAUGCCCAAAGAGAUCCUGCGGAUCAUUCAGUUGGACCUAGACCUAAAGUAUAAGACCAACAUCCGGGAGUUGUUUGAGGAGUUCGACAAUUUCCUGCCAAGCGCCAUCAUUGGCAUAGCCAGAGAGAUGCAGCCGGUGUACAGGCACACCUUCUGGCAGUUUCGCCAUGAAAACCCCCAGACCCGGGUCGGGGACCCUCCCCCCGAGGGGCUCCCGGGCUUCAACAGCGGGGUGGUGCUGCUGCACCUGGACGCCAUGCGCCAGUCCCCGCUCUACGGCCGCCUGCUGGAGCCGGAGCGCGUGCGGCAGCUGGCCGACAAGUACCACUUCCGCGGCCACCUCGGGGACCAGGACUUCUUCACCAUGAUCGGCAUGGAGCACCCCGAGCUCUUCCACGUGCUGGACUGCGCCUGGAACCGGCAGCUCUGCACCUGGUGGCGGGACCACGGCUACCGGGACGUCUUCGAGGCCUACUUCCGGUGUGAGGGCCACGUCAAGAUCUACCACGGCAACUGCAACACGCCCAUCCCCGAGGACUAGCGCGCGGGACGCCCCCCUCCAGAGGGGACUGGCCCUUGGGACCCUCGUACUCCCGGGAGGUGGCAUCGGGAAGGGCAGGAACAGCCCCCGGAGACAGGCCCGUGAGCUAGAAGGCAGCGCAGAUGGAGAGAAAGAAGGAAAUAAAACGAGGCUCCUUGCCUUCAGCCCCCAAGGAAUGGACGGACGCCCCCUUAGCGAACCCACCUUUCUUGGACCAGAGAUCAGCCUCCUGUAGACGGACAGGCUUCUAUCGUUUUGCCAGAGAGAACACACUCGGUGAGUUCUGCGGAGUCAGAUGGGGUUUUAACCAGCCUCCCGGCCCGCCUGCCUUCCGCACGCAGGAGGCCCAGCGCGGAUUCUUGCUGCCCUCUGCGACCCAUAGAGGUUCUGGACCGCCGCCUCCGGGGGGGCCUCCUGGGCCAGCUUGUGGCACACAUAAGAAAAUGAUUGUCAUUAUUAGGACUCACAGCUUCUCCCCAGCACCCCACUACCCCUUAUUCAUCCAAGGGCAUCCACGUGACCAAAUUGUACUCAGUAAUCAAGCCCACCACCCUAUGGACAUGCCACGGGAUCUGCAGACCUAGGCAGGUUCAUCCGAAAGGGGAGCCCCUUCUCAGCCUCCCUGUCCCACCCCCCCAAACCGGAGAGCAGCCCUGGGGCCUCGGCAGAGGUGUGUCAGAGUCCCAGUGCCUGUGUUUUGAAAACCUCCCUUGCUGCCUUCUCAUUGCACGGUGCCCUAUGGGAAGACGUGCUGUGAGCUGCUUAUCUUAUUUUGUUUCAAUUUCAUUUCCUUUUUCCUUUCUUUCCACCUGGGGUGAGACUAGGUAAUAAAUCACCUCCGAGAACACAGUGAUUGAAGCUCCCUGUUCUCUAAUCACCGCUUUCAAUUGCGUGGAGGCUCUGAAUCAAGCCCGUCUCCAGUGGCACCUGGCCUUCCUGGUCUUCCUGCGCUUCCUUCAGCAAAGUGUGCUUAUAGCAGGACUUGAAGGACCGCAGGGGUCAUGUCUGCAAGGACAUUGGGGAUGGCAGGGUUGUUGUCUUAGGAUGAAAGCAAAAGAGAGGUCCCUUCCCGCCCUCCUUUUUUGUCCAGUUACAUCAUCAUGCCCUGGUCCAGGGGAACCCUUUCUCUCCUGACUCCCAGCUGUGGCGAAUUGGCCUGUUGGUUAUUGGAUUCCCUAUUUAUAGCUACCAAUUACUGAAUGCCAAGCAUCAUGGUGGGGUCGGGAGUCACACACACUAUCAGUACUGCUCAUCAAAACACCAUGGGGUAACUAAAGUCCUAGUAUUCAUUGUAAGAAAACAAUAAGCAACGUGGACUGAGUCAUGUGUUACAUGUUCAUGACAGCAUUUUUAUAAUAGAACUUGAAGUAUUGAAUAGGACAGUGGGCAAAAUAUGUGUUUCAUCCAUUUAAUGGAAUCCUUUAGGUAGCCAUUCAAGACCAUAUUUUUAAGACUAAAGCUUUGGGAAAUGUUACAAUGUGCUAUUAAGAACGCAAAGUAUGAAAUUAUAUGUAUAGUACAAUCUUAGUUUUAUUUUUAAAUUAUAAACAUCUGUGCAUAUACACAUACAUAUGCAUAUGCACAUACCUAUGCAUAAACAUAUAUGCAUGUGUGUGUAGAGAGAGCAAGUGAGUGAGCCUAUUCUUUAUUCUGAUAGACUCCUAAGAAACCAGGUGUUUCAAAUACUGUAUUAGGAAAACCAUUAUUUUAAUGGGAAAAAAAUGGGUUCAAAGCUAGACAAUUUUACACUCACAUUAAUGAACAAAUAUUUUUCCUGUAAUACUUUCAAUAAUAAAAAUGUUUCUAAAGCUAUA